GGAUUGGUGGCAACAAUGGGACCUGCCAGACAGGAUCAGGUUAAAUCAUCCAUACAAUCUCUGACAACAAAUAAAUCAGCCAUCCAGGAAAUGGAAGAGCAACAGAAGCAGAAGAUUUCCCAAGUCCGGGAGCAGUCACAAAGCCUCAAGUCUCACGUCACAUCUCAGUUUGCUGAACUGCACCAGAUUCUCGUGAAGAAAGAGCAGCGCAUUCUCGGAGAGAUCAAGGAGGAUGAGGAGAAGAUUCUAAGUCCAAUGGAGAAAAAUCUUCAAGACAUUCAAGAGAAUUUAAACACUAUUGAGGAGGAACUCUCAAAGCUGCAGGGGCGAAUGGAACAAACAGACAUCGUGUUAUUUCUGAAGGAGGAAGCUGGUCGCAAGAGGAGGUAGGACAUGCUCUUCAGUUAAACUCUGCACGGAUCUGUAAAGUCACAUAAACAUGUCGACGCGCAGGUUAUAACCGGUUAUUUAAUAUUUGCAGAAUUAGUGAUGAA